AUGAACAUACUUUUAUCAUAUAUAUGUAUAAUAUUUAUAAUAAUUGGAUAUGUGCAUUGUGCUGAUAAACCCACAAAUUUGCCAGCGGGUGGACAUGGAAAUGAAGAUGACAGUGAUGAGAGUGAAAAUUAUAAUUUAAUUGUAAAAGGAAUUGAAAAUAUACUUGAAGAUGAUGAUGAUAAAGCUGCUGGAGAAACGGUUGUUUCAGAUAAUCUUAUGAAACAUGGUCUUGGACCUCUUACUAAUCAGGGAUACAUACCACCAUUUCCUUAUCAACCACAGGCUGAUUCUUAUUCUAAUUAUUAUCAAAGUAAUGAUUUUGGUUAUGUAAGUGAAUCUGGAAAAUAUGAAUGUACACACUAUAAACCCCAAUAUCCUUUACAUCAACAAAAUCUAUUACCACCAGUUAUUUAUCCUCCACCUAGUUUUCAACCUAUUUUUGUACCUCAUCCUCCACAAACUAUACUAAUACAGCCUCAACCCCAAGUCAUUCCAUCACCUGUUACUUAUAUUGGAUAUCCAUAUCAAUCUUAUGCACCACCUAAUCAACAAAAAGUGUCAUAUAUACCUACAACUAAACCUGUAAGAGUAGAAAAACCAAAACCUGAUCAAUUAGUCGGUGAUAAACCGAGUAAAGAUAAAGAUGAAACUAAAGAACAAAGUUCUCAGCCAACCGAACCAAGUGGUACAGACCAGCACUUACAACCUGAACAUAUUCCAGUUGAAGUGGGAUCUGAUGAUGAAGAAACUGAAGAAGGUGCAGUUGGAGGAGCUGGAGGUGGUGAUGAAGAUGAAGAAGAUUUUGGAAAGGAAAAAAAGAAGGAAAAGGAUCUUGAAGGAAAAAAGUCUAAAGACAUUAAAAAAUGUGAAUCAAUUGAGUUUUUGAAGAAAAAUGCCAGGGAGGAAUUUGUUAAAAUGGAUAUUUUUGACUAUGAUAUUGAUUUUAAUGAUUCAAAUGUGAUUAUGUACAGAUUUUGGUUAUCACCUUCUGAAGUACGGUGUGACGGUAAAACUGUCUGGAAACGUAUAAAUAAAAAUUACCGUCCUAAAUCAAUGACAUACAAUAAACGUUACAACACAUUUUCUAUCAGAUUUAAAAAUGUAUUUCUUUUGGAAACUUUAGUUGGAGACAUAUGGGAAGGGUGCGUAUUUAAAUAUCCUAAUUAUGCUAGAUUAUAUGCACAGGAUUCGGAAGGUAAUUUAGUUUUACUUACUGAAGCGGAUUAUUAUCUUGAUGUUACUCCAAAGGGACAUUAUAAAUUUGAUGUGGAUGGUUUAAAAUGUGUAAGAGUCGAAUUCAAAAUAGAGGGCGUUGUAUGGGAGAAAAAACCUGGAGACAAAUAUCCUGUAAUAAUAUGCUUGACAGAAAGAUCGGGAAUUAUAAUGUAUUUUGAAGGUGAAACAUUUAUAUAUGGAAGAAGGGGAGGUAAGUUUAAAUUAUUAACAUGUAGAAAAAAUAGAAGAAUUUCAUAUGCAAAAUAA